UCAUGCAUUAGGAUAACAUAUCCGCCAUUAUUAUUGUUGUUUUUCAGAAGUCGAAUACGUAAACAGAAUACACUGAGGAAAAUCAGAUAAAAAUGUCGUCCCCCAGCCCAGGAAAGCGGAGGAUGGAUACAGAUGUCGUAAAACUGAUAGAAAGCAAACAUGAAGUCACGAUUCUGGGUGGACUGAACGAGUUCAUCGUUAAAUUUCAUGGACCACAGGGAACUCCAUAUGAAGGCGGAGUUUGGAAAGUUAGAGUGGAUUUGCCAGAGAAAUACCCAUUCAAGUCACCUUCUAUAGGUUUCAUGAAUAGGAUAUACCACCCCAACAUAGAUGAAGUAUCCGGUACAGUUUGUUUAGAUGUGAUCAAUCAAGCAUGGACAGCUAUUUAUGAUCUGGCCAACAUCUUUGAAGCUUUUCUGCCCCAGCUCCUGACAUAUCCCAAUCCCAUCGACCCCCUGAACGGGGACGCUGCCGCAAUGUACCUCCACAAGCCAGAGGACUACAAAAAGAAAGUCUUAGAGUAUGUGAAGAAGUACGCGACAGAAGAGGCACUGCGUGAACAUGAAGAUCAGCAGUCGUCCUCCAGUGAGUCCAGUAUGAGUGAUUUCUCUGAGGACGAAGCCCAGGACAUGGAACUAUAACCCCGGGCCAUCAUUACAGUGUAUAUAUACCUCACUCCACCUCCACAGCACUGCUCAGCCUGACCUCUGAUUGGAUAGUUACUCUAUAGAUUCUACAGUCUGAUUGGCUAGAUACUACACUGAACAUCAAUUCUACAUUCUGAUUGGUUAGCUACUAUAAUACGUGAGUUCAACAUUCUGAUUGGCUAGUUACGACAGCACUUCCAUCAAAUCUACAUUCUAAUUGGUUAUUUACAACACAAAAAUUCUACAUUCUGAUUGGCUAGUUACUACAAUACUUCUCAUCUGUUCUACAUUCUGAUUGAUUAGUUACAACAAAACUCUUAAUAAAUUCUACAGUCUUAUUGGAUUGUUUCUACAACAUUGCUAAUCAAUUUCACAUUCAGAUUGGAUAAUUACAAGCUAAUUUUUAUUCUGAUUGCCUAUCUACAGGAAUGGACUGAAAAACUUUCUUUCUUCUGAUUGGUUAAUUUCUUGGAUUAUUAUGUAAUAUAGAAAGUUUGUCUAUAAAAAUCAGUAUUCAGUUUUAGUGAGAAGUAAAUUUUAGCUAUUUUUUUGGUUAACAGAUGGACACCAGUAACCUCUAAAGGGAUUAAAUUGUCACUGAUAUUUUAAUAUUAGUUAGUCAACAUUCUAGCUGAUAAUGCAAUUUUUUUUUUUUACAUUUACAUAUUUCAUGUUCUGUAUAUUUCAAAUUUCUCCAGGAAUACAUGGUAUAGCUAAAAACUGUGACCUGAGCAAUGCUGUGGUUUUGGAAUAAUUCAUUUUUGGGGGGUCAUUUUUUAGUGAGAAAAAUAAUCAUGUUUUUUCUUUCAAUUUCACUUUUACAUAAUUAUACAAUUAUGAAUGAAGAUUAGAUGGCCUUCUCUAUGAAGAGGUUUUGUUUGCAUUCAUUUGUUGUUUCUUUAUUUCCCCUGCAUAACUGACAAAAUGUUUGGAAAAAUCCUGUUCGCAUUGAGUAUAAAGUUGGCGUGAAUGAAGUAGAAGUGAUAGAGUUCUUAACUGAUGUAUGUGAGCGUUUUAUGUAAAUAAAUUUAUUUUGCUUCUCUGUGGAUUUGUUCUGACUGUAAUAUUUUCAAUUCUAUGGACAAUUUUUGCUCUUUGUUUGAGAAAGCGUAUUUGAGUAAAUGACAUAUAGAUUUUUUUUUGUGAAAGUUCUUCCUUUGGAUACAGUGGACUUCUUUUUUCUCUCUCUUGUUUAAAUUCGUUAUUUCUGUAAUUAUUUACCUUCCCAAUAUGAGUGAGAUUUUAAGUGAAUGUAUGGAUUCUUUAUUAUGUUUCUGUUGUGUGACCCCCUAUUUACCAUUGUUUACACAUCAAUCAAUGUGAGAGGAUGACUUGUGUAUGUGAUAAGUACAGAGUGCUGUCUUGUUCCCUUGAGAUGUUGCUUUUUGCUGAAGUUGUUUUAAUUGUGAGAUAUAUCUUGAUUUUAUUAUUUUAUGUGUGGUUUCAAUGUAAGCUCCUGUGGUUCUCAUAGCAUUUAUUAAUAAAACAACAAAAUUAUGUACUAAAGAAAAAGUAGACAAAAAUGUCAUUGAAGAGAAUUUUAUUUCUGUUUUUGAAAUGAACUCGGCAUAUUUUGGUUUUUGAGAAGCAGGUAGCUUGAUAUUGUGACCAUUUACUUGUUGAAUUUUAUAGUGAUAUAUAAAGGACAAGCUUAAUAAGCUUACUGUGGCCGGCUUUUGUGUAGAAAAAACUUAUCAAAGAUUGUUACUAAUCACACUAUAGAAAUGUUAAUGGUGAAAGGUACAUGUAUAUUAUUGUUUAAGAAAUUUUGAAAAUUGAAUAUUUUGUUUCUGUUUGCUCUGUUAAGAUUUAUUCUUUCCUUUUUCAUUUGUUUGUGGUUUCAUUAAGAAAGAGCCUAUUAUGUAAGCAUCCAAAGACCUGAGCACAAAUUAAUUUCUGACAAAGAACUAAAACAAUAAAUAGUUGAAGCAAUGACAUUAUUUUUAAAACCUUGCCUAUUCUACCUUGGAUUCCUAGAUAUACCUAAGCCUGUCCUUUCUGAGAUAAAAGUGAUUGUUUAGAGAGAUCAUAUAUAUCACACAUGUAUAUGUAUUUAUUAUUUACAGAUAUGAAAUAAAGUAGAGGAAUAUUAAA